AUGAGUUUAGAGAAUGCCAUUGUUUAAUGGCUUAACAAAUAUUAGUAGUUGAAUAUUUAGUCUUUUGAAAGUUUGGCUGAUGGAUGCGCAUUUAGUUAGUUGUUGAAUUUAGUUGAUCCUACAUUCUUUUCCUUGGCGAGUGCAAAAAACUUAAAGGUUGAUACAGAUGUUUAGAAGGUUCAAGGUCAUUUGAUUGAUAUGCUUUAAAAAGUUUAAUAGUAUCGAACCAAUAUUCAAUGCAAGCCACCUGAUUAUAUAGAAAUUGAUGUUUUCGAAAUCACUGUGAAUUAGAAUAGGCAAUAGAUUUUAGCAUUAUUUGAAUUGAUAAUGAAAGUCAUCCUGUCUUCAAAUAUGAGAGGAAAAUUUAUUGAGCCUAUUUUAAUGUUGGAGGAAAAAGAUUAAGAAACCUUAAUGCAUUUUCUUAAAAAUCACUUAGAUGAAUCAGAAGAAAAUCUAACCAACGAAUGGCAAGAGGAAAACUAUAUACAAAAUUUAGUCUAAAAAAUGGAUGAAAUUGAAUCUUACAAUACAGAACUUAAAAAAUAAUUAAAUGAAUCUGAAGAGAAAAAGAAAUCAUUGAAAAGUGCCUUAGAUGAUGCAUUAGUUUAAUUAGAAAAUAAAGAUAUGGAAAUCAGGGCAUUAACAGAAUCUAAAUGCCAUUUAGAAAAAUGUUUGGAGGAGAAGAUGGACUUUUAACAUGAGUACAAGGAAAGUGAGAAAAUUCAUUAAAAGUGUUUGGAACAAGAACAUAAACUGGCAUAAUACGAAUUAAUAAUUGAAGAUUUCAAGAGAAAAGAAACCUAAUUUAUUUAGCUUAAGGAAGAAUAUUAGUAAUACAAAUUUAAAUUGUAAGAGAAUGAAAAAUUAGAAUAAAAAAUUGAAAGCCUGCAAGAAAGAAGGGAGUUAGACAAAGAUGUAUAUUAAAAAGGAAAAGAAAGAUAUGAAAAAGAAAUAACUACUUUGAAAUAAAAUAUUAAGGAGUUAUUAUUAUAAUAAUCAGAGUUGAAAGAAGCCAAAUUAAAUUUAGAGUUAGAGUUACAAUAAAAGUAGGCUAGAUUCGAAAGAUCAUAAGAAUAAAUUAAAAAUUUGGAAACUGAAUAUGGAUAAAAAAUUCGAGAACUUUAAGAUUUAUUUGAGACCUUGCAUUAAGCUGAAGAAGAAAUGCCUAAAGUGGCUAGUAACACCAAUUAACAAUUGUCUUAAGAAAUGAAACUAUCUGCAAAUCUGAAAAACGAAAAUUUUGAAAGGGAGUAUUAUAUAAAGGAAAACCAUAAGUUGGAAGAAAAAAUAAAAGAAUUGUAAGCUAAACUCAAUGAAAAGGAAAUGGAAGAUGAAAGUAAGAAUUAGAAAAGCUUAUUUGAAUCCCAACUUUAAUAAUCAUAAUAAAUUUCAUUGUUAACAGAUAAGAUUAAGUAAUUUUAAGAGCAUAACCAACAAUUAAAAAAAUAGAAUGAAGAGUUGAAAAAGUAAACUUAAAAUAAAAAGGUCACUCAAAUUGAUUAUGAAAUUAGUGUGCUUUCUUUAUUGUCUGAAGCUUUAGCGAAAAAGGUGAAGGAGUAUAAAGGUUAAGAAAAAGAAUAAUGA